CUUCACUUGACUGCUGCUGUUCGAAGACCGAGCAAAACUGAGCCCAACAAAACGAAAACAGACCGGCACACUUCAUUCACAUUUGUUCACGGACUCAUUCUUAUCACCGGAGGUAGAAUGACACUACCGAAAUGAUGGCUGCUGUGAUGACAAUGAGCAAUUCUUCUUGCUCCAUCGUGGUCAUCUCUACAUGUUAUGAAGCCUAGCACCACCUCUGCUCAGUUUGUGGGUCAGUCUACUGCUGAUGACCUCAUGGAUGAUUGGGUCUUUUUCUCUACUGAAUCAGCUGUUUCCCAGGGCCUAGAAGACAGCAGGGAUGACCAGGAGGCAGAGGACAAAGGCAGAUUCAAAGACAAGUUGGUCUCAGCAUGGAACAGCGUCAAAUAUGGCUGGACCUUGAAGCAAAAAUCUAAAUUUAGCAAGCGCUCUCCUGUGUUCAUGCUGGGGAAAUCCUAUGAGCUCAAAGAUGAAGUAGAUCAACAGCAUUUCCGUUGGUGCUUUGCAUCGCUCCUGUGGUUUACAUACAGACGAGGUUUCCGUCCGCUCCCCGGCUCCUCUCUGACCACCGACAGCGGUUGGGGUUGUGUUCUACGCUCCAGCCAGAUGCUGCUGGCACAGGGCCUGCUACUGCAUCUGAUGUCACCAGGUUGCACCUGGUCUGGGAACCAACGUGUUGUCAAAGAUGACAUGGACCUGAUGCACUCUGUGAACGAUGGAUUUAGUUCGAGUGAAAGGGAAAGCAAGAGAAGUCGACAUUUGAGCUGGGGGUCCAUCCUGGAUAGACCCGUGGAGAGUACACACAGAAGGAUUUUACGCUGGUUUGCAGACAACCCCACAGCUCCCUUUGGCAUACAUCGGCUUGUAGAACUGGGCAAAAGCUCAGGGAAGAAGGCUGGGGACUGGUAUGGUCCAUCCAUUGCGGCACAUAUCCUCCGGAAAGCUGUGGAAGCUGCAGUAGUGGACCUUCCCAAUCUAGUUGUGUAUGUAGCACAAGAUUGCACCAUCUACCUGCAGGAUGUGAGGAAGUUGUGCGAACGGCCUCUCCCUCAGCACUGGAAAUCUGUCCUCAUCCUGGUUCCUGUGCGUCUUGGCGGGCAAGAUCUCAAUCCGUCCUACAUCACCAGUGUCAAAAAACUCUUGAUGUUGGAGUGCUGCAUCGGGAUCAUUGGCGGCAAACCAAAGCACUCUUUGUUCUUUGUUGGCUUCCAGGAUGACCAUCUGCUGUACUUGGACCCUCACUACUGUCAGCCCACAGUGGAUGUAACAAAUAACUUUCCCUUGGAGUCGUUUCACUGUAAGAAUCCCAGGAAAAUGCCUUUCUCUCGCAUGGACCCCAGCUGCACCAUCGGAUUUUAUGCAAAAGGACAAAUGGAGUUUGAGUCGUUGUGCGCAAGUGUUAAUGAGGCUGUGUCAGCAUCUGCAGAGACAUAUCCCAUGUUUAUAUUUGAAGAAGGAAAAACACGGGAGGAAGCGAGAGCAAACACGCCCACGCACAGCGUCACCUUCCUACAGAGGAAGACCCAACUGGGAAGAGUCGAUACAAACAACAGCAUGGAUGAGUUUGUUCUAUUGUAAACAUAAAAAGAUCAUCUCUGCCCUGAUGGAGGUCCUUCACUGAAUUUUCAACAUAGCAUUUUGCACCUUUUGGAAAUUACUGAGCAUAAGAACAUUGUCCUCAUCAUUCACACACAGUGAGGUAGAUGGACUCCUAAGUAGUUUCAUGGGAAGUGUUUAUGCAUCAGUACUGAGAAUUUUAUAUUUUAUUGCAGUUUGUAUUUAUUUUUUUUAUGUUUUAGAGGUAAAUGCUUUAAUAAUUUCAUCAACUCUCGUCAUUCUAAUUGACUUGAGAUUGGCCAAAUAUCCAUGAGGUCAUGGCCCUGUGUGCUACACUUCAAGUCGACUGUGAUUGAUUUCGCACAAGUGAAUAGAUUAAUUUUUUUCUUGAAUGGGUUUUAAAAAGUUACUCUCACUGGAAAAUGACGAUUUACUGAAAAUGUUACAGGUUGGCUGGUUUUUUGCUGUCUAAAUAAACAGAUUAGGAAUGACAAAAUUAAUUUAUGAAAAAGAAAUAAGUAUUCACUGUAGUGCACUCUUACUUUAACUACUGCAUUUCCUGUUGGUACUGACCUUAUGAAAACAUCAGGCUUGAUUGAGAAGAGGAGCGAGAACAAAAAAAAAAAGAUUGCCAUGAAAGAAUAAUUGUUUUCAGUCUCAGUGAUGAUUAUAUAGUUCAGUUCACAACGAUGGUCAACUCAUGGAGCUUUAAAAUGUAAUAUAUUACCCCACAAUAAGAGAGACCUACAAUGAUAUGACCAUCCUUGAUAAGCAACUGGUUAGUGAUGGUACGGAGGUAAAACUCCCCUUUAACAGGAAGAAGCUUCCCACAGAACCAGGAUCAUCUUGGGGCAGCCAUCUGAAACAACCAUGUUUGGUCAGGGGGAAGAGAGUGUUUUGGUCAAAAGGAGGAAAAAAUGUCUGCAUGUCAGGAUGUAUCUGAUUAAUGCGUUUUUGUCCCCCUCAUCUUUUCUAAGCAGCCAUCGUGACAAUGUUGACUCAGUCCCUUGCAUGUAAUGCAAUACAAACGGUACUAAAGUUCAGGUAGUAAUGGUUGCUCAGAAUCCUUGCUGUUUUUCAGUUUGCUUCCCCUGUAUGUGAUAACCCAGGUCAUCAGUCUUCCGGAGGGGGCCUCCAGUUCCCUCAGGUGGCACCUUUACUAGCCACAAAUUUCCAUUUCAGUCUGUCCUGGAAGGUCUCAGGAGAGCAGAGCAUACCUGUGCUGCCUUCUCCAAGAACUUGGAGAAAAACCUAGCCAACACAUUGAUUCUGUCCUUCAGUAAAAAGGAGCAUGUGUUGAUGUGAACGUAGGCCAUUUCUUGGUUCAGCUUCAACUGCACCCCAAUGAGUGCAUGAGGCUUAAAAUAAAAUAAAACACUUUUGUAUUGAUUAUGUUAUAGUUGAAAUAAUGGAUAUUUAUGGAUUCUGAUGCAGUCUUCUCUUACUUUACAGUGACUGCAUGGAUGUUUGACAAAAAGACAAGUUAUAUUUGGGUAUAGUUUGUACAGCUGCAAAGAGUGAAACUACACCAAAGUGGGGGAGUUAAAACAGAGCGGUAACCUCAAGAUCCCUGUAAAACCUA